UCUGGCAUGUUAACCCAGCGAGGUGCUUCUGAGCUUGGAAUGAGCCGCGGAUGGAUUAGCGGGAUACUCUCUGACACGCUCCGCACCUGGGCGGGAAGACGAGAUGGGGUCCGGUCCGGUUUGAGGGUCUCUCGUAGUGAAUUCAUUGUCGUGCUUCUUUUCCAGGAUUUCUCCUGUUAGGCCUCACGGAGAGCGUGUAGAGUAAUGCGGGGAGCGCUUCCUUGCGACCUUCUCGUAGCAUCUCAGAACUCCAAGCCAAAAGCUUCUGUUGAUCAGCUAUUCGCUCAAAUACACGAAAGUUGACGUUGCCACCUCGUGUUGAAUCAUCUCCCGUACUUGACUUCGUUCUUUAAAGGUCUACCUCCACACCGGCGUUCAGCCUGACCCUCGCCUCGCCCAGUCGCUCGUUUGGUGGGUUUCUCUGUGGUUGGGGCCGUGGUGUAAGCCUCGACACUGCCUUGCUGUUGUUGCUGCUGUCCUCAGCUCUGCUGGCCGAAGAUGAUGUGGCAAUGCCACAUCUCGGCCUCCGAGUGCCGCUGCUAUCGGCUGAACGGUUUCUCGCUGCUGAAGCGUCCUCCUCUGUCGACAGAUGCAGAGGGGAGCCGCGUGCUGGAGCAGUCGGUGGGGGAGUGGCUGGAGCACGUGGGCUUCCCUCAGUACGAGAGCAGACUGGUGCUCAACGGCUUCGAUGACCUGCGCUUCAUGGGGAGUAACGUAAUGGAAGAUGAAGAUCUUCGUGAACUUGGCAUCACAGAUCCAGGUCACCGGAAGAAGAUCCUUCAUGCGGCUAAAAGCUUUCCAAAGGUGAAAGCUCUGGGAUGUGAUGGCAGCACGUCUCUGUCUUCAUGGUUGGAAACUCUGGGUCUUUUGGAAUAUCUGCACAACUUUCUGUCCAGUGGUUACAGGACUCUGGACUGUGUGAAGAACCUGUGGGAACUUGAAAUCGUCAAUGUGUUAAAAAUCGGUCUGCUGGGUCACAGAAAAAGAAUCAUCGCCUCAAUAGCGGAGCGUCCGUAUGAAGAAGCCCCUUCAAAAUCCAACCGCUUUUCCCAGCUCAAGAUUCAGGAUCUGUUGUCUCAGAACACAUCAUCACUGGGAUUACUGGACUCGUACACCAGCCGAUCGAUGGACAUGCUGCUUCCUCUGGGUGAGUCGGGACGAAAGAGUCGAGCGCUGGACCACGACGGCACCAUCUCACUCCGCUCAUUCGGUGAAAGAUCACGAUCACACGAUCGGCAAGCAGAUCGUCAGUCUCGCUUCAGUCUCCGUCCGACCAGUCAAUCCGCCACAUACACCACUGUGUCCACCUGGCACCAUCAUCCUGACAAACUCAUCACAGAGUCGUGUGUCUAUGAGGCCCGAUAUUUGGGCUCUGUGAUCAUUCGAGAUCUUCGAGGGAUCGAGUCUACGCAGGAGGCGUGUACUAGAAUACGGAAAUCUAAAGAUCACCGGAAAGGUCCCGUCAUCGUCCUGCACAUCACUUACAGAGGAGUCAAGUUUGUUGAUGCUGCCACCAAGGCUAAAGUCGCAGAGCACGAGAUCCAGAACAUCUCGUGUGCCGCGCAGGAUCCUGAUGACCUCUGCACAUUCGCCUACAUCACAAAAGAUCUGAAGUCUAGUCAUCACUUCUGUCAUGUCUUCACCACUGUAGAAGUGACGCAGACGUAUGAGAUCAUUCUGACUCUGGGACAAGCGUUCGAGGUGGCCUAUCAGAUGGCUUUACAGGCGCAGAAGUCCCGGCGGCACAGUUCCUAUGCAGGUCCAGCCACAGAAAAUCAAGAAGCCAAGAGCAGUCGACCCACGUCUCAAUCCCGCAGCAGCACACGUCGCACGCCAGGUGCACCUGUGCUUGAAUCCCGCUGCUGUUACUGUCACACGUGCUCCGCCCACCGCCCCUCCUACCUUCCGCUGCCCUCCCUCAGCCCUGGAGUUCAGUCUUACUCUCCGCUCCUCCUCCAGCGUCACAUGGAUCUUCUGGAGCCCGAGACGGACCUGCAGUCGUCGGGCAGCACCAGUUGGCUCUUCGAACCCCGAGACUCCUCCAGACCCUCGAGUAGCACCAAGUACGAGACCACCAUAUUCUGAUCCGAUCCCCCCUGCCGUCCUGAAUCAACCCUGCGUCCCGUGAACUCUAGUGCCCCGUGCCUUCUCACUGUGAUGUGUAGCCUCCCUCAGGGCAAGACUGCUCUCCCGUCCCCGCUCCUGCCUGCGUUUCCCUCUCGGAGAACCCCAAAUCUGCACCUUCCCUUUCCGUCUAUCUGACCGACGAGCGGCGUAUAACCAGCCUUCUCUAACUCUUCCAUCACCAUCAGAACCGCCUCAGAAAGCUUCCCUGUUUUCUAGAUCACGCUGAAUGUUUACGGUUCGCUUCCUCGUGUCAGAGGGCUCUCUGUCAUAACCGCCGAACUCCUGCGGGUGGCUUGAACACUUGUAGCAUUUCUUCAUGUCGGCAGGACCAGUCGAUCCACAAACUGCAGCAGCAAUACCAACACAGUUUCUCAUGUUUACAUGCGUUCAUCAUCACGAAUGCGACGGUCCCUGAGCCCUGUAGCACUAGAUCACUUUUCUCCCAUCGCUGGAUCAUAGCACCACACAUUUUCCCCAGCGGUCCUUCACUUUUACAGAAGAUAGAGUUAGAUCGUGUCAGUUUACAUCCAGUGCUUCCUUCUGUCUCAGCACGCUUUGCAGAUCUGAGGAUGAGAGGAUGGCGCCUGUUUACAUUUGCAUUUUAAAUGUGUGGGGAUUUUUUAGAAUUAAAACAUUAUAUUAAUAUCUAGAUUCCCGUUCUGAUGUCUCUCUUAUGGGAAGAGAUUGAUUACGAUGAUCAAAAAACUUCUAGAUUUGUAACCGUGGCAUCACGUAGUAAAUGUGUUUUCAUAUCAUCUUUUCUUCAUUUUGUGAUUUUCUCCACAUUGCAGGAGAUUGAAACAAACAUUUUGGUAAACAUAAGAAGGAUGUGGUCAUUUUUGCUGUAACUGUGAAAAGAGAAUAUGAUGAGGUGAACACACAAGCACUGAAGCUAGAGAGCAGCUGUAGGUUUAUUGUGAAAUGAACCGGAUGUUUAUCAAACUUGAUUUAUUCACAAAUGUUGGAUGAGAUGAUAUUUGAUGUUUUGUUUCGAUGUCCGUCUCGUCUCAAAGGACACGCACACUAUGCAGAUCAAUGUGGUCGUCUCACACAAGUCACAACCGCAUUCUCCAACCAAAUUCAGAUCUAAAGAAUCCAGUCUGUGUUUUUAACAUGAAAUCUGCUACAAAUGAAUAAAGACAAGCACAUGUUCUGACCUGAUCGUCUCCACCCGAGUUACUCCCAAAUCCAGGAGUCACUUCUGUCAAACAGACCGAAUGAAUGUUGUUCAUUUUAAGUGCGGUUGUCACUCUUAAAUGGUGUCGUGUGUGUACGUUUGGUUCUUGUUGUGGACAGAAUCAUACGCUUUGCUGAUUCGCUUUGUGACUGUGUUGCACAUCGUCAUUCAUUCUCCCAUCAUUCAUUAUUAUUGUUUGUCAUUGUUUUGUAUCAUUUUCUAACCAAAUUAUCCAAAGAUGCUCCAAAUCCAUUUCACUCGCACCGUCACAUGUUUAAUGUGAUUUUGAUGUGUAUUCUAUCAUGUUGUUAUAUUUGCUAUGUUCUUUGCAUUGUCCUGUCGUGGCUCAGACAGAAUUCCAAUAUAUUUCUCCUUGUGUAGCUGACACCACCUUUCAAGUUUCCGGACACCAAGGUGUGAAUGGAAGGCCAAUCAGGUGAAACAUUGUGUGUGAAUCCAAAUGGGAUGAGAGAAAGAUGAAAGAGAGAGAGAGAUGAGAGAGAGAGAGAGAGAGAGAGAGAGAGGUUAUAGUAGCACUUAACUGCCGUAUGAGAGCGACUGUCCAGAAUAACUUUUACUUAAAAAAAACCUGAUGUGCUGUUGGUGUGAAUAUGAACCUCAAAUACUAAACUCCAAUUCAGCAUGAAUGUGGGUGAAGUUGAAUUUGAGUUUGUCAAACAGUGAAAUGUCCGGCUCAUUAUAACAACCAAUGUAAACAUAUAUAUAUAUAUAUUGCAUGAAAAGAGCCUCUUUUUUUUUUGACAUUUAGAUUCGUUUGUGGCAGAAUCGUGGGAAAAGGGCAUUCUUGCUACUGCAAUACAAAAUAGUUACAGUACAAAAUAUCCUGUUAUGCGUAACAGGAUAAGAUUUUUUCAUGCAUUGUGGUGGUAAUAAUUUGGAUUGAAAAUGUUGGCUCGGACAUUUCUUGCCCAUUUUUGUGAGAUUUCACACUUUAUAUCUUUAAAUGAGAAAAAAGUAAUUUUUACUUCACUGCUGUCCAAAGACAAAAAAAAAGCUGAACUCUGUCCUGAGCACUGUGUGAACAUUUGUGUUCAAUGUUGUCUGUUGAACUUUGGUUUAUUUUAUUCAUCGAGGACUUUGUGAGCGAGCGUCAGAAAACACAGCAAACACGAGCGAGAUCUGUUGAAAACUGCUUGAUGAAGACGUGUGAUGUGUCAGAACUUUGCGAGUCUGUGAUGGAAACAUGUUUAGAAAAGAAUGCUCUAUUUAAAAUCAACUACAAAAAAAGACACUAUUUUCAAACCAGUGGCUGAUGCAAUGUGAUUUACUGUGAAACAGCAGAGAUGUAGCAGAUUUAGGCUAUUGAUUUGCAAUAUGAAGCGAGGAGUCCGAUUUAAUGUCACUUUAUGUUCACGCAUCACAAAGACUCGCUGUCCAAGCGUCACUUUAUAAUUUGAUUUGAUGUGAAUCUGGGAACAUAUGCUGCAGUGAAACCGUCUGACUGAUUUACAGGAAAAAAAAACACAAAACCCCUCAGGCCACAGUUCUUCUCACCACCUUCUCUGAAUUCACUUGAACUACUUUUAGUUUGAGCAAACAUCCAUUGAUGACAUUAGCAGUAUCAUCUCUUUGGCAUGAUGAUGUCAAAAUCCAUGAGGAUCAGGGCUGAACGAAUGCACUUGAACACAGGUUUAAACACCACUGUUGGCCUAUGUUGAAGGUGAAUUAUGAUUAAAAGAUGUCGAUUCCAUGUACUUUCAUUCGGAAUGUUCAUACUGUUCUGUAUGUUCAUUGCAACUAUUUAAGAAACAAUCAUUUGACUGUCUCAAUGCCAUUGAACAAAUAAAUUCAAUUUGAAUUUUUGCUCUA